GAGGUAAAUGUAUACGGUUUUGACAACACUCAAGCGAAAUAUCGACCAACUGCAGGAUCGCCGCGCGCAAUCGACCACCCCAGCUAUUGGUCGAGCGUCUUCUCUUUUGACGCACCCAAUUGGGUAAAAUUCAUCUCCAUAGUGGGUUUCCAUUGGCUCGCCUCGCCUCUACCCUACAGUAAUGCGAAGUGCCGUCCACUGCACAAUUGCUGAAAGGGGCUUUCGCCAGCCACGGAACUUCCUCCUCACGCUCUGGCUGUCUAGUCAAGAGCAGGCUAACAGUCCUAAUAUAAGAUUGAGCGAAAAGAGCGAGCUCAAGCUCUGUAGCGAACCGUGUUCACUAAUACCGUGCGGAGCUUCUGCACGGGAGCCAUGACGGUAGCGCAACCGUCCGCGCGCUGCUCGCAGCCCUCUGAUAACACGCUGGAAACGCACAAACGCGAGAAUACCGGCGACGGCGAUAUUGCCGCGUCCCCUGACGACAAGGCUGUCGCCAGCGGGGGCGGGAGCAGCGGCUGGAGGAGCGGCGAAAUAAUCGCCGGCGGAACGAGCGGCGGGCGGUGGACGUCAGUGGUGGCAAUCCACGGCGCGUGCAUUGCGGCGAACGACCCGUUCGCGGGGGACGACGGGCGCGCGCCUAGCGGGAAUGGGGCUGGCGGAAAUGCCCCUGGCGGAAGCUCAGGAGACGCGGCGGGCGGAAGCGGAGAGGCGGACGAGGGGAUGCGCCACGCGCCAUACUGCCCGUUGCGGUCUUCCCCCGCGUUUGCUUGGUCCGCGCUCACACACCCGUUCCGCGGACCAGAGGCGGAGGCGGAAGCGGAGGCGGAGGCGCAGGCGCAGGGGCGGGGUCGGGUAGAAGGCGCGGGGGAGAGGAAAGAGGAGAAUGGGGAGGGGGAGAGAGAGACGACCGCGUCGCAAGACGCAGGCGCAGUUUCAGGGAUAGGGGAGGGAGGGGGGGAAGAGGGGGAAGGUAACAGCGCAAGGGCGACGGAGAGAGCAGGUAUUGGGGAGAAGGCAGGAGCAGCAGAAGAAGCAGGUAGUGAUGGUGAAAGGGCUGGGAAGCGGCGGCGGCGGGGAGGUGGUAGAGGUAGAUUGCUGUGCUGCGUCUGCAGUGGUGAUGCCGGAACGAGGUGUGACAGUGAUGAUGGGGAGGAGGUGAGUACGGCGAGGGAGGGAGAGGGAGCAGGAGAAGGGGGAGGAGAGGGAGGAGGAGAGGGAGGAGGAGAGGGAGGAGGAGGGGGGAGCAGAAGAGGAGGGGAUGGGGAAGGGGGGGUGAUUCCAGCAGGGGCGUUAGUUUCCUGGAGCAUGCUUGGCGUUGAUGCUACUGCUGGUGGUGGUGGUGGUGGUGGUGGUGGUGGUGGUGGUGGUGGUGGUGGUGGUGGUGGUGGUGGUGGUGGCGCCGCUGCUGCUCAUACUCAUGUUUCCAUUUCUGCUGUUGCUUCUGCACCAGCAGCACCAGGAGGAAACGUGAAGGUGGCGGAGCAGCAGCAGCAGCAGCAGCAGCAGCAGCAUCACAGGGAACGGAAGCAGGCGCAAGAGCCGAAUGUGUCAAUGGCCGGGGAGGAUCUGCGGGCAGAACUCUCAGACUCACACGGCUCAAAGGUGGCAACACAGCAGCAGCAGCAGCAGCAGCAGCAGCAGCAAGAAGAGUCGGUGUCGAUGGCAGGCGAGGACCGCUCCCACAUCGUGCUCUCCGACUCAAGGGGUUUCGUGUUUGCAGCAGUGCUGGACGGCUUCGCAGAGAGGCACGCAGUGGACUUCCUGCUCUCGCGCCUCUACCCCGCCCUGUGCCUCCAGCUCGACACGUGCGGCCUGCACUCCCUGCACCCGCAAGCACACACGCAGGAAGGGAGCCAUGCAGGGGGGUCGGCAGGAGGAAAAUCAGGUGGGCGAUCAGGAGAGAGGGAGGAGAGGCCUUGGGGUGAUUGUAACGGGAGGGGUGUGCACGCGGGUGGGAGUGAUUCUAAGGGAAAGCUGGGACGGAUGCUGAGUGCGGUGGGGCGGGUGAGCAAUCGAGUGUUCUCACGAGAGCCUAGCCGCGAUUGGUCGGAAUUUUCUGAUGAGGCUCACGGACUGCAGCAAGACGGGUCUUGCGACGGGCCUCAGAGCUGGGGGGGGGGUGAGGCGUCUGGUGAGGUACGGGGAAUGCACCAAGAAAGGUGUUCUGACGGCCGCCAUUGUGGGCAUGAGGGGAGAGGGGCGGAUGAGGGCAUGCCGGGACAUACCUUGGAUGAGGCGCUUCAGGUCAUGCCGGGCAUGCCGGGCAUGCCGGGACAUACCUUGAAUACCUUCAUACCGUCUGAUUGCUGCUCCGGUGACGAGGCUGGCAAUGCUGUGGGUGUUGUUUCUUCUGAGGGGGUGCACGUGGCAGGGCAGGGAGAGGCCUGUAAGGAGGGAGUGGAAUGGAGGGAGGGGCGAGGGGAAGAGCAAGGGGAGGGGUACAGAGAAGAGGUGCAACUAGCACAGGAGCAGUCGCAGCAGCAGCAGCAGCAGCAGCAGCAACAGCACCCUUCCCAUCCUCCCAAAGUGAUUCACGAGCCUCUUAAUGAUCACAGGAAGCACCGGCUGAUCCUAGGCGCUCUAGAGCGCGCCCUAGCCUCUGUGGAAUCCGCCUUUCUGACGCACGUAAAAGACGUCUCUAAAGAGCAACCAGAGUAUGCGCUAGGAGGGGCGUCGCUAGUGGCUGCUAUGGUCACAGGGACUGAUAUUUAUGUGAUUAACCUGGGGGAUAGCAGGGCGGUGAUUCUAAGGGGGGACGAGGUGGGGAGGGGAUGGGGAGGGUUGUUGAGAAGAGGGGCUCAUGGGAGUGUGAGGGGUGGGAGGAUGGAGGGAAGUGGGGGGAGUGGGGGAGGUGGGGGGAUUGGGGGAAUGGGGGGGAGCAAGGGGAGUGGCGGAAGUGAGAAAGUGGGGGGAGAGGGGGAGCCUGUUGGGGAUAUUCGGAGAUUGAAGAGCAUGGGCAGUAGGGGCACUGGGGAGGGGGGAGAGCUUGGAAGGGCAGGGGGAGGAGGAGGCGGUGGAGGAGGGGUAGGAGGCGGAAGGGGGAGGGAAGGGGGAGUGUGGAGGUGGAAGGCGGCGAGACUGACAGUGGAUCACAACACGAGCAAUGCUGACGAGGUGCGGCGAGUGCAGCAGGCGCACUCGGAUGCUGACAUUAUGAAGAAGGGCCGGCUCAAGGGCAAGAUCAAGCUCACCCGGGCCUUUGGUGCUGCUUACCUUAAGGACCAAUCCGUCAACGAUGCCCUCCUAGGUAUGUUCCGAGUCAAAUACCAAGCCUCCACCUCAGGAUCGGAACCAUACCUCUCCACCUCGCCGUACCUCCGCCACAUGCGAAUUUCACCGUCGGAUCGCCUUCUGAUUCUCUCAUCCGACGGUCUGUAUCAGCACAUGCAGACCAGGGAUGUGGCCAAGUGCCUCGGCCCCACCCUAGCCAGUUUCUUGCCCCGGCCAGCAGCAUCUGGUUCGGCGCAUGGAGGUUCGGGAGUGUCAAACCUGACCAGACGGCUGUCCCUUGGGGGGAGCAUUCGGUUUGGCAGCAAGAAGUGGAUGGGGAAAGGGGUGGGAGAAGAGAGAGGGGGGUGGGGAAGGGAUGGUGAAGGAGGUACUGGUGGUAGUGGGCUAGCAGGAUCAACCAGUGGAGGAGGAGGGUCAGAUUCAGCAGGAGUGGCAGUAGCAGCAGCCGGAGCAGCAGGGGAAACGGGGGGGGCAUGGGAUCAAAAUGGAAUUGGCAAGUCAGGCAGCAGCACCAACAGCAGCACGUUGCAAGCCACCAGCCACAGCAGCAGCAAUACCAUCAUCAGCACCGCCAGCUGUACUAUCAGCCAGAGUACUAGCAACAGUACAACCAGCAGCAGCAACAUCGCUCAGAUGCUAGUGAGGGAUGCACUCGAGCGAGCAGCGAAGCAAGCAGGCACCGACCCAUCCUCCCUCUCCUCCCUCCCCCUCGGCCCGCACCGGCGAAAGAUCCACGACGAUAUCUCAGUUAUCGUGCUCCACAUACAGCCACCCCCUGUAUAGUCACACCCGCCACACCCUUUACAGUCACACCAUGUACAGUCACACCCUGUACAGUCACAUGUGCAUGCGCCUUUGCAUCCUGCCCUUUCCAGCACCACCCACGCCCUCCCCCCCACCCAUGCCUUACUCAGAAUGUUUCACCACGCACACUCUUUUGCAUCAGCACCAUCUCGCCUACCCCAUCACGAUAUGAGCUCCAGUGGAUAGCAUCUACAGUACAGCUUAAGAAGUAUUAGUGAAUAUAUCAGAAUGAAUAAUGAUUAGAAUGGGGAGAUACAAGGCAAUAUAGACUAGUGAGCUGUACCCACUAAGGCACAAACAUAUAUAGUCUACAGUAACUGCAUAAGUUAUGUUUGACACACCCCCUAGACUAUAUAGGGGCUGUGCCUAAU